CGAAUAAUAACAUCCUGCAUCGAACACGAGCGAGGUUCUCUUCGACGCGUGGAAGAAUUGACAUGUAGCGCAUGAGACACGCGAGCUGCGAGACUAAGCAGUAGUGACUAGCAAUCAUGUCGACAAGGCCGGCGCCUGUAACGCGCAAGUCCACAAAGUCGGAAUACAUUGAGACGGAUACCGGAAACAAAAUUUCUCGCAAGGCCAAAAUCGAGGGCAAGCCAAACAUUAUGCUGGGCGGCAGGACCGUCAUCAUGGCAGAUGUCUAUAUGCGAGGUGACCUGCAUCGCUUCUCAAGUUCUGGAGAAGGUGGAGCAGCACAGCUCACCACAGCAAUCAGUAUAGGACGAUACACAGUAGUUGCGACUGGCUGUACGUUGAAGCCACCGUCAAGAAUCAGCCGCGGUCAAAUGGCAUACUACCCCAUGCGCAUCGGCGAUAAUGUCUUCAUUGGUCCUAAUUGUCACAUCUCGGCCAUUGCAAUAAGUUCUCAUGUUUACAUCGGCGCCAAUGCCGUACUCAGCCCUUUCUGCAUCAUCAAAGACAAUUGCAAGAUCCUUCCCAAUACAGUGGUACCACCCAAUAUGGUGGUCCCGGUGGGUAGCAUAGUCGGCGGUAAACCUGGCAGGAUUGUCGGAGAGGUCGGAGAGGGAUGGGGUGUUGGAAGCGGUGCUUCAGGGGAGAGCUGGGUCGAGGGAGGCGAACUACGUGAUCUGGUCAAAAGCAUCAGAUAGCAGUAUGAGGACGACAUGAAUUCAAAAGAGCAG